CUAGAUGGAGACUCUGCAGGAAACAGACGCUACAGACUGGUUGCCGUGGUUCUGGGGCUGCUGUGUGUUCUCCUGCUGACUGCCAUCAUACUGCUGUGGUUCAAGUUCACUGUAGAGAUUGACCAGUUACAGACCAGUUACAACAACCUGACUAUGGAAAAAGACCAAUUACAGACCAGUUACAACAACCUGGAUAUUAAAAAAGACCAGUUACAGAAGGAGAGAGAUGGUCUGCAGAAGAGACUUUCUGAUCUGUUUUUGCUAAGCGGAUGGAAAUAUUUCAACUCCAGUUUUUACUACAUCAGUACUGAGAAGAAGAAGAGCUGGAGUGAGAGCAGAAAGGACUGUAGAGACAGAGGAGCAGACCUGCUGAUCAUCAACAGCAAAGAAGAACAGGAAUUCUUCAAUAAAGAACUGAACAGAACUGAAGCUUGGAUUGGUCUGACUGAUGAAGUAACAGAGGGGGACUGGAAAUGGGUGGACGGUUCAGCUCUGACCACUGAGUUCUGGGCUCAAGGAGAACCCAAUGAUGAUCAAAACGAAGACUGUGCAAUAACCAGCUUUCAGAGAACUAAAUCUGAUAUAUUAACCUGGGCUGAUUACCCCUGUCAUCACCCUGUUUCCUGGAUCUUUUUGCUAAGCGGAUGGAAAUAUUUCAACUCCAGAUUUUACUACAUCAGUACUGAGAAGAAGAGCUGGAGUGAGAGCAGAAAGGACUGUAGAGACAGAGGAGCAGACCUGCUGAUCAUCAACAGCAAAGAAGAACAGGAAUUCUUCAAUAAAGAACUUGGCAGAACUGAAGCUUGGAUUGGUCUGACUGAUGAAGUAACAGAGGGGGUCUGGAAAUGGGUGGACGGAUCAGAACUGACCACUGAGUAA